UGUGGGGUGGUUAAGGAUUCCGUAUCGCGAAGUGCUGCAUCCACAAAGUAUGGGAUAAAGCACUGGCAAAUGUAUGUAAGGGACUUUAUUUCUGCGAAUUAAACUGGAAGAGAUGUCAAAUGAAUUACAGAAGCAGCGUUCACGAAAUCACCCGAGCUUAUAUUAAAUGAAAGCAGGAGAUGAGCUGAAAGGGUUAAUGGGCUGACCCAGAAAAAAAAAUCGCAUGCAUUUUUUUUCUUCCCUGCGUAGCCACAUCUGAAGGGACUGGGGUUAUAAAAAGUUGAGGGUUUCAUUCCUUAGAGAAAUAUGACGAGAUUACUUUGGAGAGGAGCACAGGCAGUUUUACGUUUCUCUUCUUGCAAAGGUUCCGCUCGCUUUCUCGGAAAGAGGUCUAUUGAGGAACAUGAUGGGAUCGGGACCGGCUGCUGCCAAAUCUUACAUCAGCAGAUUUUAUUGAACAUUAAGUUUUCUUGGAACCCAUAAGUGAAAUGAGAGUACUGUGUAUUCUUCAUUCUUGCAUUCCAAUUUCUUCGCCGUCAGGAUUAAUCUAGGAAGACAACGGUGACUAUAGUCGCUGUUGAUGAUAAUUCUGAAGGCAGUGCUGUACACCACAAAGACACAAGAAUCGUUAAACUGUAACUUGAGUUGGCCCGUCUACGAAUUCUUGUUCUUAUUUGGUACACAUUGGAAAGCACCGUGCCUUGUCUUUAGGAAAGAAGGAAAAACUUUCUCUGCUGAGUUCAAGAUCCAGCGGCGUGAAAAAGAAACACACCAAAAGAAAAAUAUAGACAGUGCAGAAUAAACAUUCAGAUCCCAAAAGACUGGAAAUAAUUUCGAAUACUUUUUCUGCAACUUUUUUAAGUUUAUUAAGACAAUCUCGCCUAAUUGGUUCUUAUGGGAAUGAAACAUUCCUCCCGUUGUCUGCUGCUGAGAAGGAAAAUGGCGGAGACUGACAAUGCUGAGUGUUUCAUCGGCAAAUGUGUUAGGUCUUUUUAGGGGAUUGUUCUUUUACAGAUUAACAGUGCCCCUCCUGCCCCUGUCCAGCCAGUGGCCAUUGCAAAACCUGUCCAGUCUGUUCAUCAUGUACCACAUACUCCUUCACAGCUCAAUUGCCCAGGCCGGGGUAAGAUGGCUAAGUUACUAAAUCCAGAAGAGAUGACAUCGCGGGAUUAUUACUUUGAUUCCUAUGCUCACUUUGGAAUUCAUGAGGAAAUGUUAAAGGAUGAAGUCCGAACAUUGACAUAUAGGAACUCUAUGUACCAUAAUAAGCACAUCUUCAAAGACAAGGUGGUAUUGGAUGUUGGGAGUGGCACAGGGAUCCUGUCCAUGUUUGCUGCCAGGGCUGGAGCCAAGAAGGUUUAUGGGAUCGAAUGUUCCAGUAUUUCAGAUUACUCAGAGAAGAUUAUCAAGGCAAACCACUUGGACAACAUCAUCACAAUAUUUAAAGGCAAAGUGGAAGAAGUGGAAAUACCAGUGGAUAAAGUUGACAUCAUUAUAAGUGAGUGGAUGGGCUACUGUCUCUUCUAUGAGUCGAUGCUGAACACUGUAAUUUUUGCUCGAGACAAAUGGCUGAAACCUGGAGGGCUGAUGUUUCCAGAUCGAGCUUCACUCUACAUUGUGGCCAUUGAAGACAGGCAGUACAAGGACUUCAAAAUACAUUGGUGGGAGAAUGUAUACGGGUUCGAUAUGACUUGUAUCAAGGAUGUAGCCAUAAAAGAACCUCUAGUGGACAUUGUCGAUCCCAAGCAGGUUGUGACCAAUGUCUGUUUAAUAAAGGAGGUGGAUAUCUACACUGUGAAGAUGGAGGAAAUAUCGUUUAUAUCAGCUUUUUGUCUUAAAGUUCAGCGGAAUGAUUACGUACAUGCACUGGUCACCUACUUUAAUGUUGAGUUUACCAAGUGUCACAAGAAGACAGGAUUUUCUACAGCUCCUAAUGCCCCAUACACUCACUGGAAGCAAACUGUAUUCUACUUUGAAGACUAUUUAACAGUAAGGAGAGGAGAAGAGAUCUAUGGGUCCAUUUCUAUGAAACCGAAUGAGAAAAACAUUCGUGACCUGGAUUUUACAAUAGAAGUGGACUUCAAGGGACAAUUGUGUGAGGCUUCUCUGUCACAUGAUUAUAAAAUGCGUUAAUAGAAAUGUUCAGAAAAGAAAUAAAAGAAAAAAAAAAGGAAAGCAGACAUUAGAUCUGCUGCUGUUCAGGCGGGUAAAUUCAACACCCCCUGUAGGGGAACAUGAUAUGUCACAGUCAAAUGGAACAGCUUAAGGCCAUCUUCCUGAUGCUGAAAAAAGUAGGAAAAAAAAAAGAAUCUGCAAUUAAUUCAUAAGAGGACAUUUUAUCCAGUUCUAGUAUUUUAUUUCCUACAAGUGCAGCUGCUACUUAAGAAAAGCCUUCUAGGACAGGAGUAAGGUUACCGCACAGAUCUUUAUAGGUAUACUAUGGUGAUUUAUAAGAAAAAUAGAGAAGAGGUUUUGGCUGCAAAUAGCUACUCUUUUCCAGGACUUUUACUUUAAAGCAUAUUGAAGAAUGGAUAAAAAUGUUGAAUGAUUAUUUGCAGAAAACUGAUAUUAUCAUUUUAUGACGCUGUGUUAACAAUGCUGUAAUUUCGUCUGUCUCUGCAAGCAUUACUGUACUUGAUUUCCUGUACCCAAAUCAAUUCUGUAAACGUUCAAGAAAUGUCAAAA